GGUUCAUCUUUGAAGACAAGUGGAGAGAGGGGAAUAGUAGGGAGAGGCUGUCAUGGCGACUCUUGCAGUGCCUGAAACCAUUCCGUCUGCAUCAGAGGACGCCGAGCAGAUCUGGAAGGCAUGCAAAGGUUGGGGAACAGAUGAGACGGCACUCAUCACUAUAUUAGCACAUAGAGAUGCUACUCAAAGGAAGAUAAUAAGAUUGGCAUUCGAGGAACAGUACAAGGAGAAUCUUAUCAUGCGACUUGAAUCCGAAUUAUCUGGAGACCUUGAGAGAGCUGUCUACCUCUGGAUAUUUGACCCGGUUGAACGAGAGGCUAUCAUCGCUAACAUCGCCGUGAAGAAGAACAUCGACUACCAAGCGAUCAUAGAAAUUGCAUGCGUCAAUUCCCCGAAAGAGCUGCUGGCGGUGAAGGAGGAAUACCAUGCUCGUUAUAAACGUUCCCUGGAAGAAGAUAUUGCGGUCCACACUGUUGGAGACUUUAGACAGCUUUUGGUUUCACUGGUGAGCACAUACAGAUACGAUGGUGACGAGACCGACACAGGCGUAGUUCGUUUGGAAGCCAAAACUCUUCACGAUGCUAUCAAGUCACAGACCUUCAACCACAGUGAGGUCAUUCGAAUCCUGAGUACCAGAAGCAAGGCCCAACUUUGCGCUACCUUUAACUAUUACAAAGACGAAUACGGCAUUCCCAUUACAAAGGCUUUGACUUCUGAGUCUCCAAAUGAAUUUGCAUUGGCACUACGAAUGGCGAUACGAUGCAUUGUGUCACCCCAGAAGCACUUUGCAAAGGUUCUCCAGAAUGCAGUCGGCAAAGCAGGUACUGAUGAAGAUGCACUCACUCGCGUCAUCGUCAUGCAUGCGGAGAAGGAUCUGAAGGUGAUCAAAGAGAUUUUCCAUAAGAGAACUAAUGCCACGCUCAAACAUGCAGUGGGUACCGAGACAUGUGGGCAUUACAAUAGCUUCCUCCUUGCUUUAGUAGGGAACUAAAUAUGUUUAUUUCAGAUGAUGAACUCUGACAUCCUUGUUUGUUUAAUUGCUGCUGGUGUAGAAGCAUUUCACUGUUGCACUUUUCUUU